GAUAAAUAUUGGUUCCGCGCACCGCGCCAAGCAUUUCAUUGGCUGUGACGUCAUACGUCAAGGCGAUUGACAGAAAAUAUGAACCAAUCAGCGAGCUUGGCCCAGCUUUCGGUUGCAACACCAGAAACACAGGCCUCGAAAAUAUAAACUCCUGACAGCGUGCAGUAGAGCACGUCGUCCUGUGCUAUCGCACGGCUUGUUCUUGUUGACUUUUUUCUUUAUUGUACCAGACCUGUCGACGUACUUAGAAACGUAACUCAUGACGUGUGCGAGGCACCGUUUAACCGGUUGUUGGUGACCACUAAAUGUGCGUUGACGUAGUGGUUUGUAGAACUCCGCAUGAUCAUGCCCGUCGUCAAAUUGAAAUGAUAAUAAUAAUCGCUACGGCGGGGUUACGGGUCGGGCCGAGAAGAGGCUCAUGAUGAUGAUCCACCUGCUCCUGGAUGCUCCUUCUGGAAGUAUCUCAUCCCAAAUCGUGUUGCUGUGACCAGUUUUCCCCAACAUGAGGCUUCUGAUGUGCCUUCUGAGGAGCUGCAGCUCCAUCGGGAAGUAUGUGGACUUCUACUCGAGGUUCUCGCCGUCCCCGCUCUCCAUCAAGCAGUUCUUGGACUUCGGGUCCGAAAACGCCUGCGAGAGGACGUCCUUCCUGUUCCUGAGGCAGGAGCUGCCCGUGAGGCUCGCCAACAUCAUGAAGGAGAUCAACCUGCUGCCCGACAACCUGCUGAAGACGCCUUCCGUGCGCCUGGUCCAGAGCUGGUACGUCCAGAGUCUUCAGGAAAUCCUCGAGUUUCUGAAUAAAGACGCCGAUGGCAAGAUCAUCUAUGAUUUCACGGAUACGGUGAUCCGGAUCCGAAACAGGCACAACGAUGUCAUCCCCACCAUGGCCCAGGGGGUGGUCGAGUACAAGGAGACCUACGGCACUGACCCCGUCACCAGCCAGAACCUGCAGUACUUCUUGGACCGUUUCUACAUGAGCCGCAUCUCCAUCCGGAUGCUGCUCAACCAGCACACAUUGCUCUUUGGUGGGAAGGUUCGAGUGAAUCCUGCGCACCCCAAACAGAUUGGCAGUAUUGACCCGCACUGUGACGUCACUGAAGUGGUGAACGAUGCGUAUCACAAUGCUAGAAAACUAUGUGACGUUUACUACAAAAACUCACCAGAGCUUCAGCUGGAAGAAUUCAGUGUGAAAGAAAGAGGCAAGGCUAUAACCGUGGUGUAUGUUCCCUCUCACCUUUACCAUAUGCUGUUUGAACUUUUUAAGAAUGCAAUGAGAGCCACAAUGGAACUUCACCUGGAUGCUGUUGAACCCCCUCCUGUCCAUGUUCAGAUAGUGCUGGGGAACGAGGAUCUGACCAUCAAGGUGAGCGAUCGUGGAGGCGGGGUUCCCUUGAGGAAGAUCGACAGGCUGUUCACCUACACCUAUUCCACUGCUCCCCUGCCACGGGUGGAGACCUCACGCGCCACCCCCCUGGCGGGCUUCGGGUACGGUCUGCCCAUCUCGCGGCUGUACGCCAGAUACUUUCAGGGGGACCUCAAGCUGUAUUCUUUGGAAGGCUAUGGCACAGAUGCGGUGAUAUACAUCCGGGCUUUGUCUACAGAGUCCAUAGAAAGGCUUCCUGUCUACAACAAGUCCGCCUGGAGACACUAUAAGACUAUCCACGAGGCCGACGACUGGUGUGUACCUAGCAAAGAGCCCAAGGACCUGAGCACAUUUCGCAGCGUCUAGCUGGAAAGCUCCUUUUCAGGGCACAGGGACGAUAAAAACUAACGUUGUUCCGUAUUUGUUUUUCAUAAAAUAUGAGGGUAAGGAAAAACUUAAUAUACAGCGUCAGUAGUACUUUAAGUGAACAAAUGUUGUAUUCAGCUUUAUAUACUGAGUACUAUUGAUCUUUUCAUAAGCUUGGACAGUCAUUCAUAGUGCUAGUGCCAUAUACAGUAUGUGCUGGAGUUGCUGACUUAUGGUGUUUUUAUGUGUGGAUUUUUUUAUUUUUAAUAACUAGGAUUAACUCUUAUAAAACAUGUUACAUUAGGGUAGAUUACUAAAAGAAAUUUCCUUACUGGACUCAAAGGUCAGCUUGGAGCUUCUGUAGUGCUUAUAGUUUCCUUCUUCUGCAGGUUAGAAAAACCUUUUGUUUAGGUGAAUGAGGAUUAUUUGGUCUAUUUGUUUUGCAGUAUUAUGUUUGUGAAAAUUGAGCCAAGAAUGUGAAUGGUGGUCCCUUCAAUAUUAGCAUCUCUCCCCUGACAUUUUGAAAACUGAAACUGAAUUUAUACAAAGAUUUCACUAAAA